GUCAAUCUUUCGGGAUAGCCAUACUCAGCCGCUUAAGCCGCUGUAGGAGGGUGGUCUUUAGCUGAACCCGAGCCCAGUCGCACAACAAGAUGGAGCACUCAGAUGAAGAACCUCCCAAGAAACGGACUUUGAGAACUUUGUUUCGCCCAAUUGUUUUACCUUCAUCAGUCACAACUGAUCUGUCAGCAUCACAGAAAAAACUGUUGACGCACCGAAGAAGCCAUGAGCAGCAAGAGAUGAUUGAUCAGAUACUAAUUGAUCGAGCUCUUAAAGUCUAUGACAAAACCAUGGAAGAAACAUCCCACAGAGAUCCUGAACCUCCUAUUCCAGAACUGCCUUCCAUUGUGAACAAUGAGGAAGACCAACAAAGAGCAGAUUACCUCUACAUGAAGCAACGUGUGCAGAGCAAUCCCGUGGUUCCCAUCCAGCAGCAGUGGCUCAGGUCCAUGCUUGCCCUGGUGCCACGGUCGCUUAUGGAGGGCAAAGAUAGAGAGCUGCUCACUCAAGAGCUCUUAGGGGAGAUAGUAAGGGAUUAUGAAAAGAGCAUGAAAAGAUGUGUGUUGCGAAGAGCUCUUAUUAAACCAGAUGUAGAAGGACUUGAAGAGGAAGAGGAGGCACCUUUGCCUUUGUUGCCCCUAGGCCUGGAUUUUUCUAGUUCGUGGCAUAAGAGCUUUGUCAAAGCAAAAAAUCAAAUCCUUUCCACCUUGCACACUGUCCACCCCACAAUGAAAACUCUGCUGGAUUUUGGUUAUGCAGCAUUCUCUUCCUUCCUUGUAGUGGAUUUCUCUGGUUCCAGAUCAAAAGGACCUACUGACUACAGAUCUUUCAGAACUGAUGCAUCUCUGAGCUGUUCAAAAGCAGAAGAGGACAUAAUGAGUACGUGGUAUCAAAGAGUUGUCAACCUCUUUACUCAGAAGGAGGCCUUGGAUGGUGUAAAGCUGGAUCAGGUUGACUCUUUCUAUAACUGUGUGGCUAUGCUUAUGUCUAAUCAGCUGAAAGAAUUACUGGGACGAACCACUGAAGCUUUUGUGAAACUUUUUGAUCCUGAAGACAGAAGUCGUCUGCCUUUAUUUAAGAUGGAUUUGACUCUUGAAGAAAAUAAUAUUGAGUUUUAUCCAAGCUUUAAAGACUUAGAAGAAUCAGUUUUGUUUGUAGUAGAUUGUAUAGGAGAGACUCUCCAGAACGUCCCCACGAUCCGUUCUUGGCUAACAGGGGGCACUGCAACUGUGAAUGCUGAGCUUCCUAAUCAUGUCAUACAAUGGGCCACAUCCACUCUGAAAAAAUCCAUCAGAGACAACUUAGAAGGCCCAAAGGAACAUUUUGAAAGCUACGUUGAAAAGUAUGGCUGGCUUGUAGAUGGAACUGCAGAGGCACAGAUAGAAAGAUUUGAAGCAGAACAACACAGUUUUGAUGAAUAUACCACUUUCAUAGAUGAAUUCUUCACCCUCAAGAAGGAAAUCUUGAGUUUGCCAGAGACGUUUUAUUUCCCUAUGAUCUGUUUGCAUUGUGAGGAUUUAAAGCAAGGUUUGGCUAACCGUGCAAACAGCUUUGCAAAAAUGCUAAUGGACAAAAUUGUUGCAAAUUACAGAGAGGAAAAUGAAAAGAUAUGCAGUGAAUUUGAAACCAUUAAGGAACGUGCAUUAAAAGUUCCUGAGACAACAGAAGAAAUGGUGGAAACAAUAGAUUACACAAAGCGGGUCAAAACCAAAGAUAUUCCAGACCUGGUGCUAAGGAGCAAGGAGUGCUGUCGGCAAAUGAGUUACUUGUUAGAUGUUUUUUUAUUUGCUCCUGAGGACAUUGAACUAAUUUCAACAGCUAUAUUGUGGCCGAAGAAGAUGAACCUCAUUUUUAAAGAGCAUGAUGAUCUGAUUGAACAGUCUAAAAGUGUCAGAGAGCAAGAACUACUACAGAAAUGUGAGAACCUGCGAGAGGAAUUAGACAAGCUGGCAGAUUCUGUGGCAGAAUUAGAAGAAUAUUCAGAACUGGAUUGCAUGCAACAGUAUGUGGCUGAUGUGAGGACAUUACAGAAAACCAUACAGGACACUGAAGAAACAGUAGCUCUUAUUAACAAUGAAGAGAUUCUGCUUGGAUGGAAACCGAGUGACUUCCCAGUCCUCAACAACAUAAAAGCUGAGAUAGAGCCAUAUCAGAAACUCUUUAAUCUUAUACUGAAAUGGCAGCGAACAGAAAAAAGAUGGAUGGAUGGUACCUUUUUGGAACUAAAUGGGGAAAGCAUGGAGGCUGAGCUGGAUGAGUUUUAUAGAGAGCUAUAUAAAGUGACAAAACUUUUCCAACAAAGGAAGAAAAUGCCACAGGACAGGAAAAAGGCACCACGACCCAAAGAAGAAGUGAAGACAGUAAAAGCAAUAAAGGCUAAUACAACUCUUACAAUGUGUUCCUCAGUUCUAGAGCAGGUUAAAGACUUUAAGGAGAAUAUUCCCACUGUGACUGUCUUUUGUAACCCUGGCAUGAGGGAUCGUCAUUGGGAGCGGAUGUCAAAUAUAGUAGGAUAUGAUUUAACCCCAGAUGCUGGAACUACCCUGAGAAAAAUUUUAAAGCAGAACCUGGGCCCUUAUCUGGAAGAGUUUACAGCUAUAAGUGUGGGUGCAAGCAAGGAAUUUUCCCUGGAGAAAGCAAUGCAUACCAUGAUGGAAGUCUGGGAUUCAAUUUCCUUCAAUACAAACGUGUAUCGUGAGACUGGUAUUCACAUCCUGUCUUCAGUGGAUGAUAUUCAGGCUCUUCUUGAUGAUCAGAUUAUGAAAACUCAGACAAUGAGAGGAUCACCUUUCAUUAAACCAUUUGACAAUGAAAUUAAGGAAUGGGAAAGUCGCUUGAUUCAAAUUCAGGAGAAUAUUGAUGAUUGGCUGAAGGUACAAGCACAGUGGCUUUAUUUGGAACCCAUUUUUUCCUCUGAGGAUAUUAUGCAACAGAUGCCAGAAGAGGGGCGACAGUUCCAGACUGUGGAUAGAUUCUGGAGAGAGAUUAUGAAAUUUUGUGCUGAAGACCCAAAGGUUCUUGUUGCCACUUCCUUGCCAGGGUUAUCAGAGAAGCUUCAGACCAGUAAUGAGCUUCUGGACAAAAUCAUGAAAGGGCUUAAUGCUUACCUUGAGAAAAAACGUCUCUUCUUUCCCCGCUUCUUUUUCUUGUCUAAUGAUGAAAUGUUGGAGAUCCUGUCAGAGACUAAGGAUCCUCUCAGAGUUCAGCCUCACUUGAAGAAGUGUUUUGAAGGCAUUGCUAAGCUGGAUUUCCUUCGCAAUUUGGAUAUUAAAGGAAUGUGCAGUUCCGAAGGCGAGCGCGUACAACUGAUUUCAAACAUUUCUACCUCUGAAGCUCGAGGUGCAGUGGAGAAGUGGUUAAUUCAAGUAGAAGACAUUAUGCUGAAGACUAUACGUGAUGUCAUUGACAGAUCGAGAAUGGCAUAUCUAGAGACUGAGAGAAAACGGUGGGUUCUGGAGUGGCCGGGACAAGUCGUGUUGUGUGUGUCUCAGAUGUACUGGACAAGUGGGGUACAUGAAGUUCUUCGCAGUGGACCUGAGGGUUUAAAGGGUUAUUAUGAUACACUUCAACUUCAACUUAAUGAUAUUGUAGAGCUGGUAAGAGGAAAACUGUCAAAGCAAACAAGGACUACACUGGGUGCCUUGGUUACUAUUGAUGUUCAUGCUAGAGAUGUCAUCAAGGAUAUGAUUGAAAGUGGUGUGCAGAGUGAGACAGACUUCCAGUGGCUUGCACAGCUCCGAUACUAUUGGCAGUCUGAGAACGUCCGUGUUUGCAUCAUCAACUGCAACGUCAAAUACGCCUACGAAUACCUGGGAAACUCCCCCCGCCUCGUCAUCACUCCCCUCACGGACAGGUGUUACCGCACCCUGAUUGGAGCCUUUUAUUUAAACCUCGGUGGUGCACCAGAGGGUCCAGCAGGGACAGGUAAAACAGAGACCACCAAAGAUUUGGCUAAAGCCCUUGCUGUUCAGUGUGUUGUCUUCAACUGCUCUGAUGGCCUUGAUUACCUGGCAAUGGGAAAGUUUUUCAAGGGUUUGGCUUCCACCGGUGCCUGGGCGUGUUUUGAUGAAUUCAAUCGCAUCGAACUGGAAGUGCUGUCUGUGGUGGCCCAGCAGAUCCUGUGCAUCCAGAGAGCCAUCCAGACAAAACAAGAAACAUUUCUCUUUGAAGGAACUGAGCUGAAGCUUAACCCCAACUGUUUUAUAGCUAUUACUAUGAAUCCAGGUUAUGCAGGACGUUCUGAACUUCCAGAUAAUCUGAAGGUCCUUUUCCGAACAGUAGCCAUGAUGGUUCCUAACUAUGCUCUGAUAGCAGAGAUUUCACUCUAUUCUUAUGGAUUUUUGAAUGCUAAAUCCCUGUCAGUGAAGAUAGUGAUGACCUACAGGCUCUGCUCAGAGCAGCUUUCCUCCCAGUACCACUAUGACUACGGCAUGAGAGCAGUCAAGGCUGUGCUGGUGGCUGCUGGCAAUCUGAAGCUGAAAUUUCCCACAGAAGAUGAAGAUAUAUUGCUUCUUAGAUCCAUUAAAGAUGUGAAUGAGCCUAAAUUUUUGUCCCAUGAUAUACCUCUGUUCAUGGGUAUAACCAGUGAUUUAUUUCCUGGAAUUAAGCUUCCUGAGGCAGACUACAACGAUUUUCUGGAAUGUGCCAACGAAUGUUGCAUUCAACAUAAUGUCCAACCUGUAACAACUUUUAUGCAGAAAAUUAUACAGACAUAUGAAAUGAUGAUUGUUAGACACGGCUUCAUGCUGGUAGGGGAACCUUUCUCUGGGAAGACCAAAGUUCUCCAUGUGCUGGCAGAUACACUGUCCCUUAUGAAAAAGCGUGGUUAUGGUGAAGAAGAAAAAGUAAUUUUUAGAACUAUGAAUCCAAAAUCGAUCACUAUGGGUCAGCUUUUUGGGCAGUUUGAUCUGAUAUCCCAUGAGUGGACAGAUGGUGUGGUCGCUACAACCUUCAGGGAGUUCGCCUUGUCUGAGACCCCUGAGCGCAAGUGGGUGAUCUUUGAUGGCCCCAUCGACACUCUGUGGAUAGAAAGCAUGAACACGGUGCUGGAUGACAACAAAAAGCUUUGUUUGAUGAGUGGGGAAGUCAUCCAAAUGUCCCCUCAGAUGACUCUUAUUUUUGAAACGAUGGAUCUUUCCCAGGCAUCACCUGCUACAGUCAGUCGUUGUGGCAUGAUUUAUUUGGAACCUUCUCAGCUGGGUUGGGGGCCGCUUGUCACCUCUUGGCUGAGUAAACUGCCUGAACCUCUGAACUCAAAGGACCACCAAGAUCUUCUGCAGGGGCUUUUUGAGUGGUUGGUUCCACCAGCAUUAAAAGUCCGUCAGAAAAAGUGCAAGGAACUGGUACCUACAAGCAACACCAAUGUUGUAGUAGCUCUCACACGGCUUUUUGAAAUGUUGAUUUGUCCAACUGUGCAAGAGGAUCCCACCAACAAAAACAUCCGUGCCUGGAUCAUGGGUUGCUUUGCUUUUGCCACUGUCUGGUCCAUUGGUGGGAUUUGUGAUGGUGACAGCAGGAUAAUUUUUGAUAAUUUCUUGAGGGACAUUUUGUCUGAGAAAUCUGCAGCAGAUACUGCACCAGCGAGUGUGGGGAAAUGGGAGUGUCCCUUUGAAGAGAAAGGCUUGGUCUAUGACUACGUGUUUGAGCUGAAAGGCAAAGGAAGUUGGGUUCAUUGGAAUGCAUUUAUUGAACAAAUUAGUUCCAGUGAUAAAAAUGUGAAGAUUCAAGAUAUUAUAGUCCCAACUAUGGACACAGUUCGAUAUACUUAUUUGUUAGAGCUCUUCAUUACCCAUGGAAAACCACUGCUCCUGGUGGGACCCACAGGUACUGGCAAGUCUGUGUAUGUCAAGGACAAGUUAAUGAACAACUUGGAAAGGGAGCUCUACUUCCCCUUCUUCAUCAACUUCUCAGCUCGAACCAGUGCCAACCAGACCCAGAACAUUAUCAUGGCCAGGCUGGACAAGAGGCGCAAAGGAGUCUUUGGCCCUCCCAUGGGAAAAAAGUGCAUUAUUUUUGUAGAUGACAUGAACAUGCCUGCUUUGGAGAAGUAUGGGGCACAGCCUCCUAUAGAGCUUUUAAGACAGUUCUCUGACCAUGGAUUUUGGUAUGAUUUAAAGGACACCUCGAAAAUCACCCUUGUGGACAUCCAGUUACUGGCAGCCAUGGGCCCUCCAGGGGGUGGCAGGAACCCCAUCACUCCUCGCUUCCUGCGGCACUUCAACGUCUGCACCAUUAAUUCCUUCAGUGACGAGACGAUGAUCCGCAUCUUCUCCACCGUCAUAGCUCUUUACCUGAGGGCCAACGACUUUCCUUCUGACUUCUCCACAAUUGGGAACCAAAUUGUCACUGCCACUUUAGAGGUGUACAAGAAAGCCAUCAAGAAUCUUUUGCCCACACCAGCCAAAUCUCACUAUACAUUCAACCUGCGGGACUUUUCCCGAGUUAUCCACGGCUGUUUGCUCAUUAAGAAAAACUCAGUGGAAAACAAACGUGUCAUGAUUCGGCUGUUUGUCCAUGAAGUGUUUCGUGUCUUCUAUGACCGUCUGGUGGAAGAUGAUGAUAGAGCCUGGUUGUUCAAUCUAGUGAAAGAUAUUGUGAAAGAACAUUUCAAAGAAACAUUUGACUCAGUUUUUGCACACCUGAAGGAAGGAAAGGCUCCUGUAACAGAAGAAAACAUGAGAAGUUUGUGUUUUGGUGACUAUAUGGUUCCAGAACUUGAGGGAGAUGAAAGACUUUAUAUUGAAGUUCCAAGCAUUCAGGAGUUCAGUGAUGUUGUGGAGCAGUGUCUGGAUGAAUAUAAUCAAACCCAGAAAACAAGAAUGAACCUUGUUGUUUUCAGGUACAUGUUGGAACACCUGUCUCGGAUAAGCCGCGUCCUGAAGCAGCCGGGGGGCAAUGCCUUGCUGGUUGGAAUGGGAGGGAGUGGCCGGCAGUCCUUGACUCGUCUGGCAGCAUUCAUGGCAAGGAUGUGGGUUUUUCAACCAGAGAUUUCUAAGACCUAUGGUACAAAUGAGUGGAGAGAAGAUCUGAAAAGACUUCUGAAGAGUGCAGGUGUAAAAGGCUUGAAAACUGUAUUUCUAAUCACAGAUGCACAAAUUAAAGAAGAAAGCUUUUUAGAAGAUGUUGACAGUGUCCUCAACACUGGGGAGGUACCCAAUCUUUUUGCAGCAGAUGAAAAACAAGAAAUUACAGAGGGUGUUCGUGCAGCAGUUCAGACUGACAGCAAAGGUGAAGAACUCAGUCCCUUGGCCUUGUUUGCAUAUUUUGUGAACUUCUGCAAAGAAAAUCUCCACAUUGUGGUGGCCUUCAGCCCCAUCGGAGAUGCCUUCCGCAACCGCCUGAGACAGUUCCCGUCCCUCAUCAACUGCUGUACCAUUGACUGGUUCCAGCCAUGGCCUGAAGAUGCCCUUGAACGUGUGGCCAGUAAGUUCUUAGAAACACUGGAGCUCACAGAGACCGAGCGCCAGGGAGUUGUGCCCAUCUGUAAAUACUUUCAUACUUCAGUUUUGGCACUCUCUGAAAGAUUCUUGCAAAGUCUGGGAUGCCACAAUUAUGUUACUCCUACUUCAUAUCUUGAGCUUAUUGCUGCAUUUCAGAGACUUCUUACUGAGAAACGAGACAGUGUAAUGAAAGCCAAGAAAAAAUAUGUGAAUGGACUAGAAAAACUAGCUUUUGCUGAGUUACAGGUUGCUGAGAUGAGACAAGAACUGGUUCAGCUGCAGCCCAAACUGGAAGAGGCUAAAGUGGAAAAUGCAAACAUGAUGAAGAUAAUAGAAAUAGAAUCUGCAGAAGUAGAAGAAAAAAGAAAAGUUGUAAAAGUAGAUGAAGAAAUUGCUACAGAAAAAGCUGAAGAAGCUCAGGCAUUGAAAAAUGAAUGUGAGAGUGACCUGGCACAGGCAAUACCUGUCCUGGAGGCUGCAAUUGGUGCUCUUGAUACUUUAAAGCCCUCUGACAUAGCAGUUGUCAAAACAAUGAAAAAUCCUCCAGCCGGUGUCAAACUUGUCAUGGCUGCUGUCUGUGUCAUCAUGGGAAAGAAACCUGAGAAAAUUGCAAACCCUUCAGGGUCUGGAGGCAAGAUUUUGGAUUACUGGACUACAAGCCAGAAAAUGCUUGGCAACAUCAAUUUCUUAAGGGAGUUGAAAAGCUGUUCUGAGAGCCCUCUUCCAGAAGCCGUCAUGCAAAAAAUUCGGACUGAAUACUUGACCAACCCAGAGUUUGAUCCACAAGUGGUGGCUAAAGCUUCCUCGGCAGCAGAGGGUUUAUGCAAGUGGAUUAAGGGAAUGGAAGUGUAUCACAGGGUGUCAAAGGAGAUUGAACCCAAGAAGGAACGUUUGAGAGUGGCUGAGGAGUCCCUGGCAGAGACAAUGACGCUCCUGAACCAGAAGAGGGAAGAACUUGCAGCAGUCGAAGGUCGUUUGGCUGCUUUGGAGCAAACCUUCACUGAGAAGACUGAAGAGAAGGCUCGUUUAGAAUUCCAGGUCGAGCUGUGUGCCAAAAAACUGGAACGAGCAGAGAAGUUGAUUGGAGGCCUUGGUGGAGAGAAAACAAGAUGGGAUAAAGCUGCAAAAGAUCUUCAAGAGGAAUAUGAUAAUCUGACAGGUGAUGUUCUGGUAUCAGCUGGUGUAAUAGCAUAUCUGGGAGCUUUUACUGCUGCAUUUCGACAAGAGUGUACCAAAGAUUGGAGCAAACUAUGCCAGGAGAAAAAUAUCCCUUGUUCUGAGGAUUUCUCUUUGAGUCAGAAUCUUGGUGACCCAAUAAAAAUCAGAGCCUGGAAUAUUGCUGGUUUGCCAACUGAUGCAUUUUCUGUAGACAAUGGGGUCAUUGUUGACAACUCAAGACGUUGGCCACUAAUGAUUGAUCCUCAAGGACAAGCAAAUAAAUGGGUCAAGAAUUUUGAGAAGGAAAACCGUCUGAACGUUAUCAAGAUCAGUGACACGGAUUACAUGAGAACCGUGGAGAACUGCAUCCAGUUUGGGACUCCACUGCUGCUGGAAAAUGUUGGGGAGGAACUGGACCCAUCCCUUGAGCCUCUGCUGCUUAAACAGACCUUUAAACAAGGAGGCAUGGAGUGUAUCAGGCUUGGUGAGUCUGUUAUUGAAUAUUCCAGUGAUUUCAAGUUUUUUAUUACCACAAAACUAAGAAAUCCACAUUAUAUGCCUGAACUUGCUACAAAAGUUUUAUUACUGAAUUUUAUGAUAACACCAGAGGGACUUGAAGACCAGUUGCUGGGUAUUGUCGUAGCAGAGGAGAGGCCAGAUUUAGAAGAGGAAAGAAAUGCUCUCAUCGUUCAGUCUGCAGCCAAUAAAAAGAGCCUAAAAGAAAUUGAGAAGAAAAUUUUAGAAACUCUACAUUCAUCUGAAGGGGACAUUCUGGAAGAUGAAACUGCCAUCCAGGUCUUGGAUUCUGCUAAAGUAAUGUCUAAUGAGAUCACAAAAAAACAGCAGGUUGCAGAGAAAACGGAGCAGAAGAUCGCGGAGUCGCGCGAGGCCUAUCGGCCCGUGGCACAGCACUCGGCUGUGCUGUUCUUCAGCAUCGCUGACCUGGCCAACAUCGACCCCAUGUACCAGUACUCCCUCAGCUGGUUUGUCAACCUCUUCAUCCACUCCAUUCACGACAGCAAUAAAUCCAAAAUAUUGAAGAAGCGACUUCAGUACCUGAAUGACCACUUCACAUACAAUCUGUACUGCCAAGUGUGCCGCUCCCUGUUCGAGACCGACAAGCUGCUCUUCUCGUUUCUGCUCUGCUGCAACCUGCUCAUGGCUAGUAAUGAAAUAGAACGUCAAGAGUUUAUGUUCUUACUAACUGGGGGUGUGGGUCUCAAGAAUGAGUAUCAGAAUCCAGCUCCAUCUUGGCUGUCAGACAAGAGCUGGGAUGAAUUAUGUCGUGCAAGUGAAAUGCCAGCUAUGGAAAGACUGAGGAGUCACGUCUCUGAAAAUAUUGGUGAAUGGCAAAAAAUUUAUGACAGCAAAGAGCCUCAAAAUUGUCCAUUACCAGAAGAAUUGGAUAAUACAUUAACUGAAUUACAAAAGAUUAUAGUUCUUCGGUGCUUAAGACCAGACAAGAUUAGUCCAGCUAUAACAACGUUUGUUACAGAUAAACUGGGGAAGAAAUUUGUUGAGCCACCACCUUUUGAUCUAUCAAAAAGUUACUUGGAUUCAAAUUCUACAAUCCCCUUAAUAUUUGUGCUGUCUCCAGGAGCAGAUCCCAUGUCUAGCCUCCUGAAAUUGGCAACUGACAGAGAGAUGGUGGGGGACAAGUUCCAGUCCAUCUCCUUAGGACAAGGACAAGGACCUAUAGCUACAAGAAUGAUUGAAACAGCAAUGGAAGAAGGAACAUGGGUCUGUUUACAGAAUUGUCAUUUGGCUGUCUCCUGGAUGCCAACGCUGGAGAAAAUAUGUGAGGAGCUUAACAGUGAAAAAUGUCACCCAGACUUCAGACUUUGGCUUACAAGUUACCCUUCACCAAAGUUCCCAGUAACCAUUCUGCAGAAUGGAGUGAAGAUGACAAAUGAACCUCCUACUGGUCUCCGGUUAAACCUACUUCAGUCAUUUCUCUCUGAUCCUAUUUCUGAUCCCGUGUUCUUCUCUGGAUGCCCUGGAAAGGAGCUGGUAUGGGAGAAACUGCUCUUUGGAGUUUGUUUUUUCCACGCUCUUGUUCAGGAGAGGAGAAAGUUUGGCCCUCUGGGUUGGAAUAUACCCUAUGGAUUUAACGAAUCAGAUCUGAGGAUCAGUAUCAGACAGCUCCAGCUGUUCAUCAAUGAAUACAGCCAUGUUCCCUUUGAGGCUGUGUCCUACCUGACUGGGGAGUGUAACUAUGGAGGCCGAGUGACAGAUGACUGGGACCGGCGUUUGCUGCUGACGAUGCUGGAUGACUUCUACAAUCCAGACAUCAUUGAAAACCCCCGGUACACUUUUUCUCCCAGUGGCAACUAUUAUGCUCCACCAAAAGGCACCUAUGAGGAAUACAUCGAGUUUAUUAAGAGUCUUCCCUUUAGUCAGCAACCAGAGAUAUUUGGCUUGCAUGACAAUGUGGAUAUUGCGAAAGAUCUUCAGGAAACCAAGACCCUCUUUGAAUCUCUGCUUUUAACACAAGGAGGAGGCACUCAGGGAACUUCUGGGGGAGGCGACAGCACCCUUUAUGCAAUUGCAGAUGAUAUUCUCAGCAAGCUUCCAAAUGAUUUUGACAUUGAAAGUUGCCUACUUAAAUAUCCUGUGAGAUAUGAAGAAAGUAUGAACACUGUGCUGGUGCAAGAAAUGGAAAGAUUUAACAAUUUAAUCCGAACUAUUCGUAUUACACUCAUUAACCUGAAGAAAGCCAUUAAGGGACUGGUUGUUAUGGAUGCUGAGCUGGAGGCUCUGUCUGGCAGUCUCCUUAUUGGAAAAGUUCCUGAGAAGUGGGCACAACAUUCCUACCCAAGCCUAAAGCCAUUAGGGAGCUACAUUGUAGAUUUGCUAGCAAGGCUCAAGUUUUUACAGGAUUGGUAUGAGUUAGGAAAGCCCCCUGUUUUUUGGCUGUCAGGAUUCUAUUUUACUCAAGCUUUCCUAACUGGAGCAAUGCAAAACUAUGCUAGGAAACACAGAAUCCCUAUUGACCUUCUGGGAUAUGAAUUUCAGGUUAUUCCUCAGGAUACUGCUGAUACUGCACCAGAAGAUGGUGUUUAUAUCCACGGAUUAUUUUUAGAUGGAGCUCGCUGGGACAGGACAAAGGGAAUGUUGACUGAGCAGUAUCCCAAAGUGCUCUUUGAUGCCAUGCCAAUCAUCUGGAUAAAGCCAACUCCAAAAUCAGACAUAAAGGAAUCCAAUGCCUACGUUUGCCCACUCUACAAGACAAGUGAGCGCAAAGGAGUCCUUUCGACCACCGGCCAUUCCACCAACUUCGUCAUCGCCCUGAGGCUGGACACGGACAAACCCGUCCAGCACUGGAUCAAGAGGGGGGUUGCACUGCUCUGCCAGCUGGAUGACUGACCCUGGGCACUUCAGGCCAGGCUCCACGAGAUCCUGUUCUUUUUGUUGGCUUACACAGCAAAGGGAACACAGCGUGGAAAAGAAACAUCUGGAGUUUUUAUAUUAAGAGGGCUACAAAUACUUUCUGAUCCUCGGUAUUUUGUCUUAAUUAAGUAUGUGUUGUUAUUAUUAGUGUCUUUACAGUCUGUAAACAAACAACUAGGAUUUUAGCCCUCGGUAAUGUUAUUGUUGUGUGAACAUCAGUUUUAUGCCUUAGUUAAAUAUCACAAAAUGUAUGUUAAUGAAAGUAGU